AUGGAAAGAAAGAAGAAACAACUCAUCAGUGAUAACUCAAAGAUGAUGAACCAUGCUGAUCAUGCUGCACUUUCAUGUGAUGAAGAUGAUGCUCCUCCUCAUGACAUUAUCGACGCAUCAUCGUCUACACUCUCACGACCAUCUUCAUCACCACCACUCUCUGCUGAUACACAAACAUUCUUUAAUUUAAAGAUGAUGAAGAAGCAUGUGGAUCCAUCUUGGCUUACACUCUCACAGCCAUCUUCAUCACCACCACUCCAUAAGCCUUUACCAUCUGAAUACACACCAUCAUCACCCCCUAGACCUCCACCAUUUGAAUACACGCCAUUAACACCCUCCACACGCCCUAUUGAUCCUCAAACAUUCUUCUAUUCCGAACUCAUCACUUCUCUUCCUCGUCCUCCUAAUUUUGACUCUAACCCUAAUAAUCUUGCCCUAAUUCCCAAAUUACCAUUCCACUAUCAUCAAGAACAAGAACAAGAUCUUUCUCCUCCUACCAAUAAGGUGCUGGGACGACGUCAACGUAUUCUACCAAAGCACCAACCUGUGAAAAAGAGACGACUAACUAAGAGCAUGGCAGUUCCACCACCAUUCCCAUGGGCCACUUCGAAACGUGCCAUCUUGCACACACUUGACCACAUGUUAUCCGUAGUGAAACUCAAUACUAUCUCUGGAACUCUUGAAUGCAAAGUCUGUAAGUUUCAACAAGACAUUCAGUUUGAUUUGGUUGAGAAUUUUGAGAAAGUGACAAGGUUCAUAGAGGAAAGAAGGAACGAGAUGUGUGAUCGUGCACCCGUUGAAUGGAUGAAUCCAGUGAUACCAAACUGCAAGAGUUGUGGACAAGAGAAAGCAAUGCAUCCAUUGAUGACAAAGAAGAGAAAUAUAAAUUGGUUGUUCUUGCUGUUGGGUCAAAUGAUAGGAUGUUGCAAUCUUGAUCAAUUGAAGUAUUUCUGCAAACAUGCUGAUAUACACAGAACAGGUGCCAAAAAUAGAUUGAUUUAUUCAACUUAUUUUGGUUUAUGCAAACAGCUCCAACCAAACACGCCCUUCCUUCCAUAG